AUGGAAUCUCACGAAUUAUUGCAGAUGGGCGCCAGUACCGGCGGGCCAAGACAUCAGGUACAGAACAGAAGGCAUCAACGGUCGAUUUCGGUAGGAUUUUAUGUUUUUUGUUAUGAUUUUAGGUAUGAAAAGCAAAGAACACAGCGGAAAAAUGGAUUUUUUGUUAGAGUAAAUGUUUGUGGGUAAUUUUUAUUUUGCAGAGAAUUCGCCGUCCACACAAUUAUGGACACAGAAGUCAUUCGGGAGUAUCAUGCUGUGUCAAGUACUUGGUAUUUUCGUUUAACGUCAUCUUUUGGAUCGUUGGUUUCUUGAUGAUUGCGGCUGGAGUGUGGGCACAAGUAGAAAAGAACAAUCCUUAUACACAGCUUAACCGUUUGUCCAAGUUUUAUCUUGAUCCGGCGUUGAUGCUCAUUAUUAUUGGCACAUUAACGUUUGCUAUUGGGUUUUCAGGUAAUAAUUUUGUUGUCUUGGUGUUUUUCUUAUAAAAAAAACUGAUUUUACAAAUUCUUUUGCUAAAAAAUUACUUUUUAGGCUGUAUUGGAGCUCUUCGUGAAAACACUUUCUUCUUAACCAUCUACUCUACCCUACUUGGUCUACUUUUACUGGCUGAAAUAGGGAUAGCAGUGACAGGUUUUGUGAGUAAAGAUUGGAUCGAAACCGAGUUGAAGACACGUUUGGAUGAUAUGGUAAUCUUGUAUAGGGAUGAUCCGGAUCUUCAAACCUUGAUUGAUUGGAUGCAAACUGACUGGAAGUGUUGUGGUAUCAACAAACCUGAUGAUUGGGACAUGAAUAUCUACUUCAAUUCCUCGGCCAAAGCAUUGAAAAGUGAAGAAGCUGGCGGUGUGCCAUUUUCAUGUUGUGUCAACAGUUUGGAUCUUCAGAACUAUGCUUGUGGGCACAGGGUUAGAAUGGGGGUAUGUUAACAUGUUACAGUUCAGACAUAUAUAUAUAAAAAGCUUUUAAAAACUUUGAAAAGUUAUGUUGUUUAAUACUGUGAUGAUAAAAGGAACAAUAUUGAAUUGUACUUGAAUUUUUGAGUUAUAUAAACAUUAAUUUUAGUCAAAGAACAUUCACGACAGAAUAUACACAGAUGGUUGUUUACCCAAACUGCAAUUAUGGUUUAAUAACAACAUGUUAUACGUUGGAGUAGCAAUAUUUGUCGUUGGUAUUUUGCAGGUAAGCUUUUGUUUUUAUUUUUUUGAUUUUAGGUAACAAAUAGGCAGUUCUGGAGCUUGAGCUAAUAAGCUUUGGUUUUUUGGCUUUACGAUACAAAAUAAUGAUAUUUUUGGCCUAAAGGAAAGGAUGAAAUAUAAAUGAUACGAGUACAGUAUAUAUCACCAAUACGAAUGAUCUUUAAAAUUAUAAAUGAUUAAAAAUUAAAGUUUUAGUUUAUGGGUAUAUGCUUUGCCCAAGACCUACGUACCGACAUCUACGAGCAGAAGAUUAAAUGGACGAGAAGUGGCUAUUAA